GGGCCGGCUCGGAGGCGGGUCCUGAGGAGGAAGCAGGCGCAGGGCGGAGUCCGCUGGUGGUUGCUUCCUUGUGAGCUGAGAGGCCGGAGGGGUCGCCGCUGCCGCCAUCAUCAUCAUUCUCGUCAUGGGGGGCUCUCGCGACGACGAGUACGACUAUCUCUUCAAAGUUGUUCUGAUUGGAGACUCUGGAGUUGGCAAAAGCAACCUCCUCUCCCGCUUCACUCGCAAUGAGUUCAACCUGGAAAGCAAAAGCACCAUUGGUGUGGAGUUUGCAACGCGAAGUAUCCAAGUGGACGGCAAGACCAUAAAGGCUCAGAUAUGGGAUACAGCAGGGCAGGAACGAUACCGGGCCAUCACAUCAGCCUAUUACCGAGGGGCUGUAGGAGCCUUGUUGGUGUAUGACAUUGCAAAGCAUCUCACCUAUGAGAACGUUGAGCGAUGGCUGAAGGAACUGCGGGACCACGCCGACAGCAACAUUGUCAUCAUGCUGGUGGGGAACAAGAGCGACCUGCGUCACCUGCGAGCUGUCCCAACAGAUGAGGCCCGAGCAUUUGCAGAAAAGAACGGCCUGUCAUUUAUUGAGACCUCCGCUUUGGACUCAACAAAUGUGGAAGCUGCUUUCCAGACCAUUCUGACAGAGAUUUAUCGCAUUGUGUCGCAGAAGCAGAUGUCAGACAGACGUGAGAAUGACAUGUCUCCAAGCAACAACGUGGUCCCUAUCCAUGUCCCCCCGACUACGGAAAAUAAACCAAAGAUGCAGUGUUGUCAAAAUAUAUAAACCAAUUUCAUUCCUCAAAAGCUGUGUAUAUUUCCCCCGGUCCAAAA